AUGUCGGAUAUAAUGGAACGAACUAUUGCAUCGCUACCUGGCUUUUUAACCGGAAGCUAUGGAAAAUCAGCCAAUAUUUCACCUGGUUUUCAGCACUUAAUCCAUUGCAUUGGAGAUUGCAAAUCUAAACAGGAAGAAGAGAAAAUUAUGAAGAAAGAAAUAGAGAUAUUGAAACAUCGACUGUUACAAACAGAUAUCAAUAAGAGACAAAUGAGAGAAUAUCUGGUGAGACUAAUUUACUGUGAAAUGUUGGGUCAGGAUGCAUCAUUUGGGUAUAUACAUGCAUUGAAGUUUGUACAACAAGGAACAUUGCUCGAUAAACGUGUCGGUUAUCUAGCUGUCACACUGUUUCUUCAUGAAAACCAUGAAUUGAUUAUGCUGCUCAUUAACACCAUUCAGAAGGAUUUGCAGUCAACCAACAUCGUGGAAGUAUGCAUUGCAUUAACUGUUGUAUGCAAAUUAAUCAAUACCGAAAUGAUACCAGCUAUUUUACCACUGGUAGAGGAGAAAUUACAACAUCCAAAAGCUAUUGUCCGUACUAAGGCUGUUAUGGCACUGUAUCAGUUCUAUAGGAAAGCUCCAAACUUGGUGCAGCAUAUACAUGAUAAAUUCAGAAAAUCACUUUGUGAUAAAGACCCUGGUGUGAUGUCAGCUUCUUUGAAUAUUUAUUAUGACCUCAUUAAGAGCAAUCCAGAUGAUUAUAGUGAUAUGGUGUCAAGUUUGGUAGAUGUCUUUCAGCAAGUCAUAGAUAAAAAAUUACCUUCAGAUUAUGAGUAUUAUCGAGUUCCUGCUCCUUGGCUAUUGAUAAAAUUAUUAAAAAUGAUGUCCGUCCUUGGAUCUGAUGAUGAAAA